AUGGCUUACGUCCUCUCUCUAAUGCCCCAGAGUCCUCUGGGCACUCCUUACGACCAACGCAAUUACGAAAGAUCAUGGUCAUCAUUAGGCAGUACAGGUACCGUUCACCAUCGUCGUUCGAGACAGCUGUCCGUCGGAUCCUUGGCCUCUGCAGCUUCGGUGUGUGGUCCAUCAUGGCGUACACCCUCGAACAACAGUACCCCGCUCCGAUCCACAUCAUACUCGGACUUUGAGAACGGAACCUAUCCUGCAGUACUCCAUCGUCCAACCGCUUCGAGCAACAUAUCCCGUCCCGUGAGCGUCCCACCUGCUGUCCCACAACUCGUGCCUCUCGCCUCGCCCCUGCCUUCUCCUACUGAGUCCGAACCGCUUCUCGGAACCCUAGCUUUGAAGAACGAACAUUCAGGCUUGGACCUUGUCGACGAAGAGAGAGGUGACUGGGAAGAAGACCAUGCUUUGCUCGGGUCCGACAUCUACGACAGCUCGUGUCCGAACAUCGAACUUCCCAUUGCCAAUCAAGGCACUGUGGCAUCCUCUCAAUCGAUCCAGGAACCCUUCUCGAGAUGGAUGAACACUCUGAGACUGAAGAAGGCUUCGUACAAGAAUCGCGUUCGUCCGAAGCUUGACCAGCUGUUCCCACACCCUACAGACCACUCCGUUGUCAACUCCCCAGAGCCGUGUGUCAGAGGCCAUCGCAAGUCGGGAUCUUGGGCUUCAUCGUCAAACUUCGUGACGGCCGUCAAAUCCGCAACCAUCACGGUCGCAAGCGCAAGCAUUGCUCCCUUGUCCAGGUCAGCCAGCAAAAUAUCAGGCCAUCCUAGGCUCCAUCGCGGAAGCAGUGGACUGUUCGAGUCAGAGCCUCGAUUCUCGACCGACAGCGGUCGUCCUUCCUUGAGCCUUGUCAUUGAUGAUGCCGCACGUCAAAGAGCAAGGAAACGCCGUGAGAAGAUCGAAGAAUUGAUCAAGACUGAGGAAAGCUACCUCUCGGACCUCAAGGCUCUAAGCAACGCAUACUUUACAUUUCUGCCGCCUACCUCGCCGUUCACAGGACCUCAGACCCGAGCUUCGGCUCGCAGUAAUAUCACCAACAUGCUUCAGCUUCACACUGAGCUACUGGAAGACCUGCACCAGGUGAUCCCGUUCUCAGAACAUGAUCAAGCGAUUGCCGAGACUUCGACACCCAAGCGUAAGCCUUGCCAUAUCAGAUGGCACAGCGAGGACUCGAUACCUGUUCGAGGGCCUCCGCUGGUGACCAGUCAUACGGGCUGGUCAAAUCGUUAUUCGCUCGACUCGCACAAAACUCCGAACCAGGACCCACUUUCUCUGACAUGCACACCGACCACAGCUGCUGAUGUUGGUCGUAUCUUCGCGAAGAACAUUAAACGGUUCGCCUUGUACGAAGAAUACAGUGCAAGGUGUGAGUCGAUGCACGACGAUAUUGAUGUCACUCAAAGAUCGUCUUUCUCUGUCUGGGACUACGAUCGAGCCAUCGAGACGCUCUCGGCUUCUGUGAACCCUGUCAAAAGUCGAGAAGCGAAUCGCAGAAAGGCGCUCAGCAUCAAGGACUUGCUCAUCAAGCCCAUUCAGCGAAUCACACGCUACGAACUGCUUUUCAAGGAUCUCUGCCGCGUCACGCCUUCUUGCGAUGACCCUACCUCGCAUGCAGUUCUGGACGACGUUCUCUACCGCUUGGGCGAGACAUGCCGCAACGUUGAUGAUGCAAAGGAUAACCCAGACAAGCUCCGAUUGAUGGAGAACUCCAGGCUUCUUCAAGAGCGACUUUGCUUUCCAGACAAGAUUCCACGUGAACUUCUUUUCCAGCGUCUCGGCAGACUGUCCCUCUGCGGCACUCUUUACGUCGCCUACCGCAACAAGACCAAGUUCAAUGGAUGCUACAUGAUCUGUGUCUUGUAUGAGUCGAGUCUUCUGCUUGCUUUAUCGGAUCGCCGCUCGUCCAAGUACAAGGUCGUGGUUGGUACCUCACUGGCAUCUACCAGUAUCGAGGACAGCGACAAUGGCAAAGGUCUUCAAUGCCACACAGCACCCUUUACCUGGAAAAUCGUGUUCGAAAGCGCUGGUAAGAUGUAUGAGCUGAUCAUGGGUGCUUGUUCAGAAGUCGAGGAAAGCGUCUGGAGAGACCGUCUCGCUGGUCGAAUUGCUGUCGAGGCGCAGCAUGUUAUCGAAGGCCACAGCGCCCCCAUCGACCUUCAAUCACCACUCACCCGGGAACUUUGCAGCUUCGGCAAAGCUUAUAGCAAAGCUAGAGGCUUUGUUCGCCGACUCUCCGUCCAUCGAACGGCCACAGUGGGACCCAUGGUGGACAGCAACCAAGUCAUCAUUAUGCACACAUCGGCUCCAAAGGAUGAUCUUAACAACUCUUCUACGUCUUCACUGCCUGGACGCUCCAAGUCACUUCCGACGACCAGUGGCGUACCCAUCUUGGCACCCAUGAGAGCAGAGCGUAUCAAAGUGGAGGCUGCAAUGUUUGAUGUAUGGACAAAGGACUCGAUCCCGUAUCCAGGCAUGGGCUCCAGGCGCACGGAGAACAUUUUCAAGGACACAGCCAGUGACUUGCUGCGCAAGCUGAGCAUGGCCAGUAUCGCCAGCAAUUUCUCCAGACGUUCAAUGAGUUAUACCAGUGUCCAUCAGAGUCAUCAAGCACCGGAGAAGCUGGUCAAAGCAAAGCCAGUGCCACGACCUGACACUCUCAAGCCGAAGCGUCCACCUCUUGUCAACUUCCACAAUGCUCCAGAUGCAUUCCUGCCCGAAGACUUCGAACUCCAAGGACCAGACUCAAAGCGUAGCCGUAAGCUUGGAUUGCGAACGUUGACUCUGACAGACCGACCACGGUCACCCUUUUUCUUCACAGAAAACAAGGCACCGGAGAUCAAGCGAGCCAAGAGUACGACACAGGCGCGUGCACCAGCAGAGGUAGAGGUCAAAGCUGAAACGAUCGAGGAAUCGGGUAGGAAGGAUAGCUUGCGACCACUCGAGAGUGAUGUCGCUAACACAAUGGCGAGCGAGGUGAAGGGUGAGACGAAGGUCGUAGAUCCUGAUGUGAUGAAAAAGAAGAGGCCAAGGCUCUUGAGGUAUCUGACCAGCAAGUCUCGGGUCGGUGACGAAUGA